AUGAUAGAAGAAGCCAAUAAAGAAACACCGAAGACGAACGAGGACGAAAUGGGCAGGCCAGACUCUGGCAGUAAAGAAACACCGAAGACAGAGGAUGAUGACCUGGGUAUUAAAACAUGGCUUAUCAUAGGUUUUGGAGUCUUGUGGAUAUUGCUUCUGCUGGGAAUUUUAAUUGGAGCUGUUGUUGUCGGUAGCAUGCAUCAUAUGGACUGCGAUGCUGAUUUCCGUGUGCCUAUCUGGCUGAUCGUCACUGGCUUAGUGCCAUUAUCGAUAUUUGGCGGGUGCAUCUGCAAGGACAAGAAUAACACGUCUUACACGAUGAUAAUAUACGUAUCAAUUAUCGUCCUCUUCAUGUUCAGCUGGCUCAUCGUAGGAACAGUGUGGUUUGUCGACCUGAAAUCAACCCUGCAAAGUUGUGACUUGUCCAGCAACUCGUGUUCGAAAUGUCCUCAAGACGUGCUCAAUAUGUCAUUGGCGGUGCUCAUCGUUGAGUGGUCUACCACUGGGGCGGCUUUCUGUGCUGCAUGAGCUGCCAGUAUCUAUUCGUGUUUUACAGAAUAGUAAAAACAGACUUUUCAAUUAAUGUGUGUGGUAUGCAAUUUCAAGAAUAGUAAUGAACACAUAACUGUUUGUGAACUUUUGUUUGUUAGUUUCGUUUAACGACAUAAUGAUGUAGUCUUAGA